ACGGAUCUGGCCAUGUCUCAUCAGUCUGCCUUCAGGAUUCUAUCAUACAACAUCUGGUUUGACUUGUUUGAGAUGGAGAGAAGAAUGGAAGCAAUUGGCACAAUUGUUUGUCGAAGAAAUCCAGAUUUCAUUGCCUUUCAAGAAGUGACAAAGACAAACCUUCAGUUGUUGAUGAAGCAAGACUGGUUCUCUACCUACCAAACGACGCGGACCCGUUACGAUUUUCGAUAUUUUACAGUCAUACUAAGUAAAAAGAGAAUCGACUCUGAGGAGAGAAAGGCUUUUGAUAAUUCCACAAUGGCGAGAGACUUGUUGUCUAUUGAUACCAGCAUCUCUUUGUCUGACCAUGUCACAGUGCCCCUGACAGUUGCCACGUCUCAUCUCGAAAGUCUUCCCGACUAUACGUUUCAGAGAGAGCAACAGCUUGCCGAGUCGUUGGGGCACUUGGCCAGUCGACAGAACGUUGUAUUCACGGGAGACAUGAAUAUUGAAAAUAAAAUUGACGGUCAGGUGCACGUACCUGCACCGUGGUGUGAUGCCUGGCCGGUAGUCAACGGUCUCAUGCCCGAGGAAAACGGUCAUACGUGGAAUCCAAGGAUCAAUACAAUGAUACCAAGACGGGCCACCCAACCCAAUCGACUGGAUCGAAUGUUUGUCUCACUAUCUGACUUCACUGUCAAACGUGCGGAGCUGGUUGGAAAUGAACCAUUCGAUGGAGACUUAUUUCCAAGUGAUCACUUUGGAUUGCUUGUAGAAUUUGAAGCAUUUACUAAUGGAUUAAAAGGAAAAUCUGAAUUUAAAAUUGAAAACAUUAGUAAUUCACGUCGUCCAGGACUUUUUGAAAGGCCUCCGAAUUGGAAGAAGUAUAUAGGUUGAUGAUGUUUUAUGGUAGUAAGACUAUUUUGCUAUGAGGUAUUUUUAUAUGGGCUAGUAUUACUAAUUGUAGAUGAAAAAUACCUGUAUUACGAUUGACAUACAAAUGGCAUAGUCGCACAACAGCAUCACAACUGGAACAAA